AUGGACUCCUGUUUUGAAAAGCAACCAGCAAGCCAAGAAAAAAAUGUGAUGCCUUCGCUCCACUUUUUCGAAUCAAUCUAUCCACUUACCACUACUGCGUCUUCUUUGCGCAAUUCAAGUGCUAAAAGCAAAUCACAUCUUACAGAUGGAUACCCAACAGAUGGCGAGGCUGUAGAUAGAAAGUCUCAAUCAAAGUUAAGAGCUCCAUAUGCUAUAUCGAGAAAAUCUUAUAUUGUUGAGGAAAGACUUUCUCAAACUAAUGCUCAGACAGUAAAUACAAUGAAGCAUGCUGAUGCCAAACCACAAAGUCAUAGCUAUUUUGCCAAUAACAUGCAUUCUGGUGUAAAUCUAAUUGGGAAAUCGCCAGAAAAACGAAUUACCCCAAAGAAUAUUCACUUCCAAAGCCCAACUAUUCAACAUGAUUAUGAUAAAAAUGCCGCGGAAAAUCGUUUAGACUUAGUCUUGUCCGGAAACAAAGCUGAGAAUGGUUGUUAUGAAGAGAGAGCUCAAGAAAAAAAGGAUAUUAAGCAAGAGAACAAAGAGUUUAGCAUCAAUCGCGUUAAAUCUGUUAUAAGAAUUUUUUCAGAGAAGGCAGAUGAUGCCAUUCCCCGUUGUUAUGGCUCUGGCCUCAAACAAGCAAAAAGGUUGGAACAAAAAUGUCAGCCCCUUUUAAGCAAAUCUUCUCAUGUUUCUCCUUCCAUCCAACAUCGACAAUCACGAGAUUUUGUUCACUUACACCCAAAGCUAGACUGUUCACAAGAAGACCAGCCGACUAAAAUUAUAGCUCGGCAACAAAUGCCUUGGCAGCAGCUAAAAAUUGACAAUACUAUAAAUAUAUCCAACUCCUUUAUCACAGAUUUUCGACAACCCAUGCGUAGCAAGCUUACUGACAACAAUAGUCCGGAAGAGAAAAGUAACAAUUUUUCCAAAGUUGAUUGUGUUGACACACAAGGCAUCCUUAAAGAUACAGCCCUUAGUAUGGAUGCCAUUAAAUGCGACAUACCCAUAAAGAGAAUAAAUAUCAUUGCUACGAGUGAUUCUAUACUCGAUGGAGCAAGCUCGACCGCCUCAUCUAAGAGCUCUAAAUAUCGAGCGAUCAAUUCUUCCAUCAAACUGCCAGUCACUAUGCCAAAAGAUGAUGAGGCCAUCUGUCAGUUGAGUAAAGCAGAACCUAUAAAUCUAGUCCAUUCGGCGUCUCAGUACUCUUGUUUCUUGACUUCUCAUCUGUCUCACACGUUGCCACAGGAGCGGGAAAAAGGUCAAACUGAUAAAUGCAACCUACAGGAGAUAGGGUGUAAAGCGUCCCUCAUCAAUCACUUAAAUUCGCAUUCCACCAUCCUAGAUGUCAUAACAACAUGUGCUAGCAAUAGGUCUCCUCGGAUGGAGACGGAAGAGAGGAUAAAUUGCAUCAGAGAGCCAUAUAGGGACGGCAAGAUUAGUAGUCGUUUUGGUUUCGUUGGAGGACUACGAAAAGCACAUGUCUCACCUUUAACCUUGAGAUCAGAUAAUGAUACUGGAAGAUAUGAGAAAAAAGAAGCCUUCUUAGACCCGAUAUCUUCUGAUUUGGAAACAAAUGCUUCACAUGUCCCAGGAAUUUUUAAUGAAGCAAUAAUCAAAAGGAAAGUACCGAAAAAUCAACGCUCAAAUGUUACUCAAAUUGAGACCAGUGUAUCGUUCAAGCUCACACCAUCGAAAAUAUGUGAACAGAAGCGUUGUGUCGUAGUCACGCGCAUCUCAAAGCCGGACGGGUCCACUAUGUUUACAACAGCCCCUCUUUGUGAUUCACAAUCCUCCGAUGCUAAAAAUAGUGUAUAUAUGGCCAAAAUUGAAUGCGAAGGUUGUAAACCUAUUUCAAAAUACAAAAAAGUUGUCAACUUCUCAAAAUCAAAGACAAAUUCACAAGAAUCCGAAAGUAAGUGUAUGCAUGUUAGAACUACACAAACGAUAUUUCAUAGAUAA